AUGGCUGCCACAGAAGUACCGUCUCUACGAUGGGGUAUCGUCGGAUGCGGCCUCAUCUCUUCCUGGUUCGUCUCUGAUCUUCUUCUCUCACGCACCGACGCGCCCACCAAGCACAUUUUGCAAUGUGUCGGUUCUUCGUCCAUCGAGAAGGGAACUGCCUUUCUCCAGAAGCACGCGCCGACAGUAGCGCAAACUACCAAGGUCUACGCCUCUUACGCGGAGGUAUAUAAUGAUCCAGACGUCGACAUCGUGUAUAUCGGCACACCGCACGCACUGCAUCUGACAAAUGGGUUGGCUGCUAUCGCCGCGGGGAAGAAUGUGCUUUGUGAGAAGCCGAUGACCAUAAAUGCCAAAGAGGCCGAUGUACUGGUCAAGGCUGCGCGGGAAAAGGGCGUGUAUUUGAUGGAGGCUGUCUGGACGCGUUUCUUCCCCAUCGUGGCCAGUCUCCAGGAUCUCAUCCAUAAACAGCAAAUCAUUGGACGUAUUUCUCGUGGCUUUAUUGACAUCGGCCUGGACAUGCCCCUGGCAUCCUUACCUUCCGACUCUCGCACCACCGACCCUGCCCUGGGCGCUGGUGCGUUGCUGGAUAUUGGUAUCUACACCUUGACCUGGGCUUCUCUCAUCUUCGGCGCGAGCCCCACGGUUCUCUCCAGCGCCAAUCCUACACCAAGAAUCACCAGCUCCAUGAGCCUUGUAGGAGGGGUAGAUGAAAUGAGUACCGUCAUUUUAAACUACGAGGCCGCUGCAAUGCAGGCAAUCUGCACGUGCUCGAUGCGUGCGAAAAGCAGCCCUCGAUUUGCCCGGAUUGAGGGUGAGAAGGGUACAGUGUGGGUAUGUGGUGUUAGCGCGGCCAAGCCGGGGUAUUUGAUCGUGGAGCUGAAGGGUGAGGAGAAGAAAACUAUUGAUUUCCCAGUGGAGGGUUGGGGAUUUCACUUCGAGGCUGAUGCUGUCGCGGCAGAUUUGAGGGCAGGGCGGAGGGAGAGUGCCGUGUGCGGAUUAGACGUUACGAGGGGGAUGAUGGACCUAAUGGACAAUGUAAGGAAACAGAACGGCUUGCGCUAUACACAAGACAGCAAUUAG